AUGCCUGAGGUAUUGCUCUGCGGAUCACCGCUACUUAGGGUAACGAGCUUUAAGUACUUGGGUCAUUGGGUAACCGAGAACUUAGGAGAUAAUAAGGAUAUAGACAGGGAGCGGAGGUCGCUGUCGGUUCGCUGCAACAUGCUGGCUCGCAGAUUUGCACGUUUCUGUGGACCAGCUAUAGCUUGCGUGCUAACAGUGACCUCCGCGUACAAUACAAUAAUGGGUUCGGUUCGGUACUGUAGUGCCUCGAUGGUGUUCGCGGAAAGGCGCGUCGAUGACUUCAAAGCUAUCAUGCGCAAGAGUGGAUCGCUGCACGAAGAGUACGUGCAAAAUCCAGUUUCCAGGAGAAGACAGUACAACCGACGCGCCAUCUUCCGGAGGAUAGAAACAUCCAGUCCAAGCUUUCAACGAGCCUCAAUAGAGGGCACCACUAGUCAUUUGUAUAGUGACAGAUCAACCAACAUCGCACAUAAAACUAAUGAAAAAUCUAAUUUAAAAUCAAGUUCAGUUAAGUUACCUAGAAUCGCCAUUCCUACUUUUAGUGGUAAAUACAGUGAAUGGACGACAUUUCGUGAUUUAUUUGUGUCGCUUAUAGAUAAAAAUGAACAUUUAGACAAUGUUGAAAAGAUGCAUUAUUUAAAAUUACACUUAACGGGUGAAGCUGAACAAUUUGUAAGGCAUAAAGAAAUUUCUGAUUUAAACUACUCUCAAUGUUGGUCGCAGUUAGAAAAACGAUACAGUAAUAAAAAAUAUCUUUCGAAUUGUAUAUUAAAAAGAUUGUUUGGUCAGAAACGUAUUUCAGUCGAGUCAGCUACGGGUAUAAAGGAGUUGCUCGACACGACUAAUGAUUGUUUAUAUGCGCUCACAAAUUUAAAGGUUGAUGUAUCUACAUGGGACAUUAUCAUCAUCCACAUAAUCGCUUUUAAACUCGAUCCUGAAACACGUAAACAAUGGGAAUUAAGUACAAAUAAUUACGACUCUAAUGAAUUGCCUACUUAUGAGCAGUUUGCCAACUUUUUAGAGAAUCGUUUUCGCGCUCUUGAAUGUAUAGAACCAAAAAAAGUUCAUCAUGCCACCGGUCCACAUUCGUCUAAAGCAAUGGUAGCGGUUAGUUCCGGAGGGAUACGUUGCGAAUAUUGCACCGAGUCACACAAACUUUGUUUCUGCAAGAAAUUUGCGAAACAAACAGUUGAAUUUAGACGUGAUUUCGUUGUAAAAAAUAAUAUGUGUUUUAACUGUCUAGGUAGUAACCAUAAUGUGUACAACUGCCGAAAACAGACAAAAUGUAAAGUUUGUCAAAAACGUCACCAUUCGUUACUGCAUCCAAGCGGUGACACUGUUAUUCAAAGUCAAGAUACUAAAGCAAAUUUGACUACUGUUAAUGCUAGCUUAUCAACUAGUACUAAUCAUGUAGUUUCGUGCUUAUCUACAGAUAAAGUACUCACGCCUCGACAGGUUUUAUUAGCCACAGCGCUUGUAAAAGCCGAGUCCAAGGGGGGUGAUUACAAACUAGUUAGAGCCUUGCUCGAUCAAGGUUCUCAAGCGUGUUUGAUAACAGAGUCCACAGUACAAUACCUAAGACUUACUAAAAUUCCUGUUAAAGGAAUAGUAUCAGGAUUAGGUAAUAGGUCAACCAUUUCUAAGUAUAUGGUACAUUUAAAUAUUCAGUCGCGUAUAGAUCCAGAGUUCAAAUUACAAGUAACAGCUUAUGUGCUUAGUAAAAUUACAUCAUACUUACCUGAACAGAGCAUAAAUAAUAAUGUUUUUGAGUGGAUCGACAUGAAUAAUUACGAUUUAGCCGAUCCUCAGUUCAACCGAUGUAAUAAAAUUGAUAUUUUAUUAGGUGCAGAUGCCUACAGUUGCAUAUUAAAAGAAGGCAUAAUGAGAAGUCCAGAUAAUGGUGUAAUUGCGCAAAACACCAGCAUAGGAUGGAUAUUAUCAGGUGCUGUAAACAGAUCAAAUGAUAGUUCAUAUAGGACUCAUUCUAAUAUAACAGUAAUGCAUACUCAAAUGAAAGAAGAUGAGAUUCUCAAACGAUUUUGGGAAAUCGAAGAACAAAUUAAUAAUAAAAAGAUGCUUACUCCAGAUGAACAAAAAUGUGAAGAAUUAUAUAAAACUACUACCUCGAGGCAAGAAGAUGGAAGGUACGUAGUAAGAUUGCCGUUCCGUAUCGAAGAUCCUCAAUUCGAAAAUACACGUGCUAUAGCUGAAAUGAAAUUUAAGUCAUUAGAAAAAAGAUUACAAAAGAACAAAAAAUUAAAACAACAAUAUACAGAUGUAAUAAAUGAAUACUUACAGUUAGAUCAUAUGAGACCUGUAAAAGAGGGUGACAACAAAAAGAAAGUGGCGGUUUACUUACCUCAUCACGCUGUUAUUCGAAACGACAAAACCACAACCAAAGUUCGAGUAGUAUUUAAUGCCUCUGAAAAAUACGGUAAAGGUGUUUCGUUAAAUGAUACCUUGAUAGCUGGUCCAACGUUGCAGGCUGAUUUGAGAUACACAGUGAUGAAAUGGAGGGUUUAUCCUAUUGGUCUCGUGGCUGAUAUUGUUAAAAUGUAUCGCCAGAUAAGGAUAGCUGAAAAAGACACUAUGUACCAAAGAAUACUAUGGCGAAACGACCCUAAAGAAGAAAUUAAGGAUUACGAGUUGCUAACGGUCACAUUUGGUACGGCUUCAGCACCAUACCAGGCAGUUAGAACUCUGCACCAGAUCGUGUAUGAUGAAGGUGAAAAAUACUCAAACGCUGCUGAUAGGGUUUUAAAUAGCUUUUAUAUGGAUGAUUUGAUGACAGGAUGCUAUAGUAUUGAGGAAGGUGUAGAAAUAUAUAAAGAAAUGACAGAAUUAUUAGGAAAAGGUGGAAUGUUAUUACAAAAGUGGAAUAGUAAUGAUCAGGAGCUAUUAAAAAGGAUAAGUUCAGUAGGAAUUGAAAACGAUCUAAGGAAAGCAGAUACAGCAAAAAUAGAAACUAAAGCAAAACAAGGACAAAUCGGAAAUGACAAGGAAAGGGUUAUAGAGGAUAAGGAUGUAGAUAUAAAAAUAGAUAACAUUAUUAAGAUUUUAGGACUUACUUGGAACCGUAGUAAAGACACAUUCCAGUACACGGUGAAUCUCCCGCAGCUAACAAAUACACCUGUAACAAAAAGAGCUGUAAUUUCAGACAUAGCAAGAUUAUUUGAUCCUCUGGGAUGGUUGGCUCCAAGCAUCGUGUUAGCAAAAAUAUUUAUUCAAAAAUUAUGGCUUGCAGGAAUCGGUUGGGAUGAACAAUUAAGCACGGAUCUGGUACAAGAAUGGCAUACUUACCGUCAGGAACUAUCUCUUCUUACCAAGGUUAUGCUACCACGAUGGCUUGGCACUAACCCAAACGAUGAUCUUGAGCUUCACGGGUUCUGUGACGCUUCCAAGGCUGCCUAUUCAGCGGUAGUAUACUUGCGAAUGAUUGAUGUCACAGGUAAGAUCAAGGUUGCUUUGUUGGUGGCGAAAACUAGAGUUGCUCCUAUCAAGCAGAUCAGUAUUCCUCGCUUAGAAUUGUGUGGGGCAGUUCUUCUUUCAAAGUUGUUGAUAGAAACCGCAGAAGUAUUGAAGGUCUCAUCCAAUAAUAUUUACGCUUGGACGGAUUCCACUAUUGUUUUGGCUUGGCUUAACAGUCACCCAAGCAGAUGGAAGACAUUCGUGGCAAAUCGCACGUCAGAAAUAUUGUCAUCCAUGCAACCAACUCAGUGGUUUCAUGUGUCAACCACAGAAAACCCAGCAGACGGUGCUUCACGAGGAGUUUUACCCAGCUUACUUCUUGGGGAUACACUUUGGUUUUCUGGACCGACAUUUCUAAGGGCAAAAUUAAAUAUAAAAAGUAAAGGAUCAGAAGAAUUUAAAACAGAAUUAGAACAAACAGUUAAAGUUCACGUUGCAGUAACAUCAACUAACGAUUGUGACAUAUUUACAAGAUUUUCAUCUUUAUCUAAACUUCUUAGAGUAAUAGCAUAUUGUCGUCGUUUCUUGAAUAAGCGAUCUAUUAAAACAGAUUAUUUACAGAAAAAGGAAAUAGACCAGGCAUUAGAAUGCUGUAUUAGAAAAACUCAAGAAAGUAUAUUUACAGAAGAAUACACGCAAUUACAGGAAAAAGGAUUUUUACAACUAAAAUCAAGUAAAUUAAAGUCGCUCUGCCCUUAUUUAGAUGAUAAAGGUUUGAUUAGGAUUCAAGGGAGGUUAGAAAAGUCUUCUUUAAAUGAGGAAAUGAAGCACCCAAUAGUGUUACCAAACAAUGCUCAUGUUACUCACCUUAUAAUAGCGGACGCACAUACUAAAACCCUUCAUGGAGGUCCUCAGCUGAUGCUGAACUAUUUAAGAACAGCCUAUUGGAUCCUUGGAGUUAGGAAUUCAGUGAAGCAACAUGUUCGAAAAUGUGUAACAUGUGCCAAACAAAGAGCCGGUACUAAGGCUCAAGUGAUGGGCGACCUACCGUCUGUCAGAUGCACACCUGCGAGGCCAUUCUUGCAUAGUGGGGUUGACUAUGCGGGCCCUAUAAAUGUUAGGACGACGAAAGGGCGUGGUCACCAUUCGUAUAAGGGCUAUAUAUGUUUGUUCGUUUGUAUGUCUACUCGCGCUUUGCACCUCGAAGUAGUUAGCGAUAUGAGCACACAAGCAUUUCUAGCAGCAUUUAGACGAUUUGUGGCUAGACGGGGUCAUUGUGCUAAAUUAUAUAGCGAUAACGGCACCAAUUUUGUAGGUGCUGCUAGAGAAUUGCAACAAUUAACAUAUUGCCAGGCUUCUAUAGCAAAACAUUUAGAGGCUAAUAAUACAGAAUGGCAUUUCAUUCCUUCUCAUGCACCUAAUUUUGGGGGUCUGUGGGAGGCAGGAGUGAAAUCUACCAAAUUUCACCUAAAAAGGGUCAUCGGUGAUGCAACUCUCACCUAUGAGGAGCUAACAACUUUUCUUAACCAAGUUGAAGCGUGUCUAAAUUCGCGACCGAUUAGUGUGAUUAACUUGAAUGAUCCUGGCGAACCGAUACCAUUGACACCGGGACAUUUUUUAAUAGGAGAACCAUUAAUAUCAAUUCCAGAAUAUAAGGAUUAUGAAAGUUCAAAUGUAUAUUCUCUAACACGUUGGCAAUUUGUUCAACGGAUGCUGCAAUCAUUUUGGAGACGCUGGUCCCAAGAAUAUUUAAGCAACUUGAUGCAUCGAUACAAAUGGUCUUCUAAAACUCAAGAACCGAAGGUUGGAGACAUAGUUCUCAUAAAGGAAGACAAUUUGCCCCCUAGUCGUUGGUCAAUGGGUCGUAUUUUGGAAAAGCAUCCCGGUGAUGAUAAAGUCACGCAGGACGGACUAGAAAAAAUUCACAGAAAUCGUGACCCAGACCCUGGAUCAGAGUGGACACGACCUUCAGCAAUGAAGCGAACAACCGAGGAGAAAUAA